UAUGGCGAGAGAUGAUACAAGGAACUGGACCUCAAAACGCAGUGAUAGUCUGCAGAUGCUGGGCACGUACAGUACUGGUCGCCGCGGAAACUGUGGUCAGGGUUUAACUGUUUAGAGUGUGCCGGCGCCGAAACUCGACUCUUUCAAUUCAAUUUUCUUCCACACUCCGAUAAAGCAGUUUUGUUCCACAAGAAAUGAUUUGACCUUAUAUAUACAUCACCCUCUUUUCGCAUUUUUUUUCUCCAUUCGAGACGCACCCGCAUGAUGCUUCAUGCAGCGUUUUCUGUCCUAAUCGCCUACCUGGCAUGCGUGGCUGCUGACCUUGUGGUUGUCCCAUCGACUUUAUGCACUACAGUAUCCAGUGGGAUCUUAAGAACGGCAACGGGUCGUGUCCUGAACUUCGGGUUUACUGGGAAUUCUCCAGUGCUGCGCUUUGGAGCUGGGAAUGGUAUGGCUGCUGAAUUCCAUUCGUGCCGACCAAACUGGGGCGGAUUUAAUGGCCAGGGUAGGAAAGCUACGGGAGGACACCUUGUUAUCACAAGUACACACAAGUGCCUUUCGUGGCGUUCCACUACAGCGCGGAAACUUAAAAUUGAACAAAGGCCCUGCAGUAUGUUGGCAGAUAGAAGUCAAUUGACGCAAAAUUUUGUCCGAGAAAGCGAUGGGAGCAUAUACUUCGCGGGAAGGUGGGUAUUUCCUUGCCGCUUUGACAUCAUCUUCAUGCUGAAUGUGGACCUCCCAGCACUGGCUCUGUGCAACCUGAUGAGAAUGGGAACACAACACAAGUUUGGCAACCGAACGGGGCUGUCUGUUCAAGCGGAUUAUAUGGCGUAUCUGGGAAAGCCACUCGAGGAAUAGUGCUUUUGAGGUGCAAAGACUCCCCGGAGGUUGUUCCAUUU